CUCUCUCCCUGCGUAAACUGGCUGCAUCUGAAAUUCAGAAUGAGAACAGUUAAUUUGUCACCAUCCCUGGGAAGACACGACAACAUGCUCUGCCUAGGAAAUAAAAUGAUGAUAGUGGAACAUAUAUGAAAGGCCUCUAACCGUGCAGCAUUUGAAAGGAUCAAUCCUGUCUUCAAGAAGCACAGUUGUAAUGAAGUCUGCCCAUCUUUUCUCCUAACGAACAAUGAAACUAAAGUCAAUCAUUGUUGUGAUGGUUUAUGUCUUUCAAGGUUGCAUUGUUGAUGGGCAGACUGUCUGCAAAAGGUCUUCAACUUCAGAAUGGAAACUGCAGCCAACAGUACAUAUAGUGAAGUGGUCCCUGACCCAAAACAUCUGUUCCAAUUUCUACACAGAUUGCUGGCAUAUUGAUGUGAAUGUUGUAGAACAUUCAGCUUUGAGUCAUCCUCAGCUUUGUCCUCUACAGCUUCAGUUGGGAGAUGCACUAUUUGUUUCCUCUGAGCCCUCUUUUCAGUCGCAUGGCAUGAACUUGGCAAAUGUUUCCUUGGAGGAAUUCAUCAGGUGUCCUCAACAAACUGAUAUCCCUCAGCUGCAGAUGGUUUUUGGUUGCAGGUUAAGUGGGAUGCAUCAGAUCGACCCGCAAUGGCUUGGAGUCGGAACACAUUAUUUCACUGAAGUCCCAAACCGAGGACCACUUUUAUGUAAUUUAGGGCUGAGGCUGAAUGUGACAGUGAAACCACAUCUUUGCCAGCAGUCUCGAAGUGCACCCUUUUGCUCUGGACGGGGCAGGUGUCUAAGUCACAUCUGGGAGGAAGCUUACAAUUGCCACUGUAACCAGCUGUAUUCGGGACAAUUCUGCCAAGAAUUUGAUGUGUGCUCCAGUAAGCCCUGCUACAACAAUGCCUCCUGCAUUAGAAAGGGAGAGAAAGGAGAACUUGACACAGAGUCCUACGAAUGUAUAUGCCCCCCAUUGUUUGCAGGAAAGAACUGUUCAGAAAUCAUUGGUGAGUGCCAGCCACAUAGUUGCUACAGUGGCAGUUGCCACAGGGUUUCUUCAAAUACUUACAGAUGCCACUGCAAUAAAUAUGCUGCAGGCCCAUUUUGUGAAGAGCGUUUGGAACCAUGUAGCUCCCAGCCAUGUCAGAACAAAGCUGUAUGUCACAACCGUCCUUCUGGCUACGUUUGCAACUGUCCUGCUGGAUUCACAGGCUACGACUGUGAAACUGAUAUCAACGAAUGCUUCUCAGAUCCGUGUCAAAAUGGAGCCACAUGCACAGAUUUGCGAAAUGAUGUGGCAUGUAGUUGCUUGCCAAUGUUUAUAGGCAAGUUCUGUGAAAAGUUGGUGACAUUCUGUGAGCCAUCCCCCUGCCUGAAUAAUGGUUCUUGCAUAGCUGAAGUGGAAAGCUAUCAUUGCAGCUGCAUGCCAGGAUAUACUGGAAGGAACUGUGAGGAAGUAAUUGACUACUGCAGUCUGCUCAGCAUCAUCUGUCUGAAUGAAGGAUUGUGUCUCAAUAUAAUUGGAGGAUUCAGUUGCCUUUGUGCUCCUGGAUGGACAGGAGAAUUUUGUCAAUUUGUGGAAAAUGCUUGCUUAAUUUACCCAGAAAAUUGCUAUGCUGGGGCUACUUGCGUUGAUGUAAGCCAGUCAAAGUUGCAGCCACAAAUUAAGUGUGUAUGCCCACAUGGCUUCACAGGGGCAUUUUGUGAGACAGAUAUCAAUGAAUGUGACUGCAAUCCAUGCAAAAAUGGAGGUUCAUGCAAUGACUACGUAGGCCAUUUUAAAUGUAACUGCCCAGUGGGAUUUGAGGGUCACCAGUGCGAAGUGGAUAUUGAUGCCUGUUUAUUUCACAAUGUAAGCUGCAACCGUGGAGCUCAGUGUUUGGACCAACCUUAUGAACUUGCUUAUAUGUGUGGAACAGCAUGCCAGGAAAACACAGAGUUGUGUGCAAAUGGAGGACAGUGCUUCCACGAUCAAGACAACCAGGGCUAUCUAUGCGUCUGUGUUCCUGGAUGGACGGGACCGACAUGCCUGGAAAAUAUUAAUGACUGUGAAGUGAGCUGGUGCCAGAAUGGAGGCACUUGUGAAGAUGGAAUCAAUGAAUACAGGUACUAA